AUGUCUGGUUCGAGCCCCUCGGAUGGAGAGAACAGCCCCCACCCGCGGCCGGGGCUGCAGGGACCUGCUGGGGAGGAUGCAGAGCCCGAGGAGGACAAAGUCUGUGCCGUGUGCGGGGACCGUGCCACCGGGUACCACUUCCACGUCAUGACCUGCGAGGGCUGCAAGGGCUUCUUCAGGCGCUCCAUCAACAAGGGUGUCCACUUCACCUGCCCCUUCUCCCGGAGCUGCCCCAUCACCAAGGCCAAGCGGCGGCAGUGCCAGGCCUGCCGCCUCCAGAAGUGCCUCGACGUGGGCAUGCGGAAGGACAUGAUCAUGUCGGAGGAGGCGCUGCAGCGGCGGCGGGCGCUGCGGGGGCAGCGGCGGCUGGCGCAGGAGCAGCCCGAGGGGCUGACGGCGGAGCAGCAGGAGCUCAUCGACAUCCUCAUCACGGCCCACCAGCGCAACUUCGACUCCAGCUUCUCCCAGUUCACGCACUACUGGCCCGCCGUGCGCCUCUAUGUGCCCGGCUCGCGGCCGCAGAGCCCCUCGCAGCCCGGCAGCCCCACGGCGUGGCCGCCGCAGCCCGACUGCCUGGAUGAGGACGUGCUGCCCGAUGUCUUCUCCAUGCUGCCUCACAUCGCCGACAUCAGCACCUUCAUGAUCCAGCAGAUCAUCAGCUUCGCCAAGGACAUCCCGGCUUUCAGGAGCCUCCCCAUCGACGACCAGAUCUCGCUGCUGAAAGGGACCACCCUGGAGAUCUGCCAGAUCCAGUUCAACACCGUGUUCAACAUUGAGACCAACGCCUGGGAGUGCGGGCAGCACUGCUACACCAUCCAGGACGGAGCCUUGGCCGGGUUCCAGCAGAUCUACCUGGAGCCUCUGCUCAAGUUCCACAUCAGCCUGAGGAAGCUGGGGCUGCACGAGGCCGAGUACGUCCUGCUGCAGGCCAUGCUGCUCUUCUCGCCAGACCACGCCAGCAGCGCCCAGCGGGACUUCAUCGACCAGUUCCAGGAGAAGGUGGCCCUGACACUCAAGAGCUACAUCGACCACCGGCACCCGCUGCCCGAGGGCCGGUUUCUCUAUGCAAAGCUGCUGCUGCUGGUGACGGAGCUGCACACACUGAAGGUGGAGAACACGCGGCAGAUCCUCCACAUCCAGGACCUGUCCUCCAUGACACCGCUGCUCUCCGAAAUCAUCAGCUAG